GCUGAGGGCCAAUCAGCUGGGAGGUGUCAAACAAAGGACUCUCUUCAGUCUCAGCUGAGCGUCGAGUUGGUGACUGCCGCUGGGACUCUUGCUCGAGUGAACUAUUAAUAUCGGUGGAAACUAAGGAUAUCGUUUGGUAGAAACCUCUUUGCAACCUGUCGGACUCUAACAACAACACGUUGAUGCAUGUCGUUGACUACGAACUCAGUGUUUUACAAGAGUCGGACUUUGCUGCGGUUUUCUAUACCGACUUGUGUGAAAGAAAGAAUACCUGUUACAUCCAACUGAUUACGAAUUGAGUCUAUUCAGAAGAUGGGACAUCUCGUCGAACAGUCAGAGGUGGCCGCCAUCGAAACUCAAGUUAGCAAGACGACAACAGCAAACUCGACGACAUCGGGUCCCCAGCAGUCAGAGAUCCACCACCUAGCACAGAGUCAGCAGGGACGAGAUGAGGGACAGAGACAACAGGCGGCAGCGGUGGCUGCAGCAGCGGUGGUGGGUGGGAGUCAGGGACGGAACCCUAUGCACCACGCAAACCAGACACACCACACAAAGCAGUCUGAUCACCUAAACUCGGAGGACGGGAGCGGGGAUAAACGGGACAAGAGUGAAGAUGAGGAACUGGAGGAGGAAGAAAAUGGGUGGUGGGCGGAGCGGGUGGUUGGGGCGCUGGGUGGGCUGGGUGACUACGGAGAUACCUGGUACCGCCAGCCACGCCCACCUGCUACAUGGUGACGGACCACUCCCUCACACCUGGAGACUCUACAUUGCCGCCCUGGCAGUGUGUCGGCAUGAGGUGGGGGUGGUUGAUGCAUGCACUGCUCACAGACUUCCGUAAUGCAGGGGGAGACAUACGCUGGAUGGCAGGAGUGCACCUUGCUCCUCCAAAGCUUUAUGCUCUUGUCCCCAUCAAUAAUCUUUUAGCACACAGGCCUUGGCUGCUUCUUCCACAGCAUAUACAGCAAUUAACGAAAGGUGAGGAGAGUUGGUCACUUGGAGAGUUGUGUCAGGCUCUUUGCAUCUUGACACACUUCCAUGCCCUCUCCUCCUUUUUGCAUGGCAGUGGUCUUUCUGCUCUACCAGUGCGGCCGAAAAAAGAUGAAGGUGAGGCAAUGAAUGGAGAAAGGGAAGGCAACGGUAAAAGCAGCCGUGGGAUGCCUCCAGAACCAAAAGGGGUGUGGAGAAAGUAAUGCCAAUGCAAACUGUUCCCAUAAAUCUAGAACUGACAUGAAGAAUAGUUCGCCACCUGAAGGAGGCAGACAGAGAGUCCGCACAUAUGCCCACCUAACACUAAACCCAACAUUAACUUAUGAAGAUUUUAAUGGCAAUGAUGAAUCAUGCAUCCCAUCUUUUUCAGUCCAUGAAUACAACUGGCAAGAUCAUGGAUAUGCAAUGUGUUCAAGGCUGCUAGGAGAGGUUGGCGCUUUCUUGGAUGAGCGUUUUACAUCAGCUCUCUCUGCCACCCAUACUGUUCCCCAAAAGCAGCUUCCAGAGAAGACAUCAGUCAAUCAGCAGCCUAGUCAUAUAUCAGAGUCACCUCAUUGUGAUAAAGCUCCUGCCAAAACCAUGCCAAUCCCAACAAAAGCUUUGUGGAAUUAUGUUCAGUGGCUGUUGGGAAUCCAGCAUGAUGAUUGUGACUAUGCCCUCCUCAAUAAGCAUUUGGAUCCACAAGUCAAGGCAUUUGUUAAAGCAGCUUGUUGCUAUCCAGAAACUUUGGAUGAUACUGCUGGCUCCAGACCAGCUGCCAGUAGUAGCAUGGUGGCUAGACUAGUUGAAACAAGUGUGGUCGUUAUGGAGGCUCGUCUUCAGUCAGAAUUAUUAUAUGCUCUCAGAGCCAUCAUGCUUCAUCAGUGUUAGGUUGCCCUCACAUCAGAGCAAGUAAGACAACGCAUGUGUGAUAUUUAUUGAAAUUCUUUAUAGAAUUAUUUAUGCUUCAUAUUGCAUCUAGCUUUCAUUAUCAUAUACAGUAAGACCACCCAUAAAUUAGACUUCCAUGAGCUGAAAAUCUCAGUCCAACACUGUCUGUCUCAUGGUUAGAGCAUGACUGCCAGUGGUCAGAACCAUUUGAUGCAGUCCACUGUUACUAAGUAGAAUAUUACUUUAUAAGUACAACCAACAGAUUACAAGUGAAGUUAGUGUACUAUCUUCUGGACCUAACUGACAGCAAAUCUAUAUUAACUGAUACAUGUACUACAUAGUAAGUGAGGCAAUGAGACCAGCGCCCUCUUGUGCUCUAGAGCUUAACCUUCUGCAUGAUACAUCAGCAGCCUUUCUUAAUGACCAGAUUCUUAAGAAAUACACACACACACACACACACACACACACACACAUAUACAUUUAGAUUUGUUAUGCACUGACAAGAAACUGAAGUGCAACAUGUUUCUGAUGGUAAAGGUUUUCCCUCAGGAGAGAAGCUGCAGUUACAAAUGUCUUUUUGAGAUUGGUCAGGCUGUUGUGAAGCUCAUAAGUGAAUUAGGGAAGAUGUACUGUAUCUGUCUGACAGCACUUGUCAUGUAUAGCACAUCAGUGGUAUGAGUGCUUGUUUGAAUCUCUCCUAUGUUGAACAUUAUUGUAAUGAUAGGAAACUGAAAUAACAGUAUACAAAUGAUAUAUAUAUAUAUAUAUAUAUAUAUAUAUAUAUAUAUAUAUAUAUAUAUAUAUAUAUAUAUAUAUAUAUAUAUAUAUAUAUAUAUAUAUAUAUAUAUAUAUAUAUAUAUAUAUAUAUAUAUAUAUAUAUAUAUAUGGAAUAUUGCAGAAUAUGUAACUAGCAGCUGUUAAGUGUGUUAGCAAUGAAGUAUAAUUUCCAAGUGUUCAUAGCUGUAGGACAUAUGAUAAGAGGAUCCUGUUAUUCAAGCUCUUUGUAGGGGUCAACACAAAACCUUUAAAGGUAUAAAUACACACUGCCUGUAUAUUAGAAGGCCAAUUUCUGUGACUAGACUCUCAAGAAGCCAACCCUCCUACUGGGAUGUGUGUGUGUCACCCAGUUACACAGUGGAGAAUGUAGAGAAUGUCUGCUAGCUUCUUUGUGACUGUAACUGUUAAAUUAAGGUCUCUGUGUAAAAGUCUGUACAAAUAUAAUAUUACCAACUUCACAGUAAAAACUUAGGAUAAUUUUUCUUUUCAUUAUUAUCUCAUCAAAGUUUUUCAUCUACAAGGCAUUAAAUUGUAAACUCUGUCUGAUCUCAUUCUAAUGAUUAUAUUAAGCCUUUUAAUAUUAUAUGUGUAGAUUAGUUUUUUGUGAUUUCAAUGCUUGGUCUAUACCAACUAGUCAUGCGCUUAUUAUGGUUAAUCUUUGUUUAGGGAGGUUUUAAGAAAGUUUUACUUUUUUGUAAGAUUUGUUUUCUUUACUAGACUUCAGAUGUUUCCAUCUGUAAUUUAUUUUUAUUGAAUUCAAAGCAACAACAACUGCAUAAAAGGAGAGCUAACAUUGAGACUUAAAAGAUGUAAUUUUCAGUAGUGGCUCACAAGCCAAAAUGUGUAAGUUACUGCAGAGGAAUAUUUAUGUCCCCGUAUGGUCAGUAUUAUGGUGGCAUCUUACAAUGAGUGUCUUUCAGUGUAAAGAAGUAAAUUCUGUGAUCAAUGUUAAAGUACAUUCUAAUUGCACAUACACUACAAAGUUAUAUUACUCAUGCACACACUAAAAACAAACCACAUACAUGAACAUACAUUUACAUACACUGUUACAUGUGCACAAGCAUGUAUACACUAGCAUGCAUACAGUAAUGUAAAACUUAAGUUCAUACACACAAAUAAUGCACACAAAGUGUAUUCUUGGUAUGAUAGACUAUACAACAGCCUGUACCUCCUACAGUAACUAAGGGUACUCUGAAUUAAUUAUCAUUAUCAAGUAUGAAAAAAAUUCUUAUCUCCAAAAAAAACAAUAUAUGAGGGUAAGAUUUCCUUUCUUAGCAAAUGUAUUUGCAAUCAAACUAAGAAGUGGUGGUCAUGACAAGGUUUUAACUAUAGUUUUGUAUUCUGGUCCAAUUAAUGAUUUGGCAAUCUUUUUUCCUUUAAAGCUUUGUGUUUCAUAAGGCCCCACCUGCAUUGUGAUAUAUACAUAUAGUAAUGUUGGUAUAUGAUAACAAGAUGAAUUUAAUCCUCUGAGGAAAAAAAACAUCUGUGUAUCAAAUAAAUCUUAAUACAUAUUGCAUAAUCAUUCCAUUAAGAAUAGUUGAAUAUGACUAAAUGUAGACUAAGAAUAUAAGAUAAGGCAAUACUAUAAAUGAUAUACCAUUAUGACUCAGGAAUAUCAUAUAUAUGUACAAAUUGACCUGUUAACCCAUAAAGGAGUGAAGGGUGACUAUUUGAGUUUCAAGGAAGGUGUUACUCUAAGGAAUUAAGGAAAUUUUUAAAUUUUAGAUUACAUUUAGCUUUUGUGUGUGUUAUAUAUAUAUAUAUAUAUAUAUAUAUAUAUAUAUAUAUAUAUAUAUA